AUGCCCAUCCUACGCCCAAGACCAGUAACUCUUCUCCCCAGGACCGCGCGCGCUCUCCCAAAAGCCACACGGCGCGCCUACGCCAGCGCGCCCGCGUCCGCCGAUAAGAAGACGGGGCUGUACGACUUUCAUGUCCAGCAUGGCGCAAAGAUGGUGCCCUUUGGCGGAUGGUCGAUGCCGCUGUCCUACGCCGACGUAGGCCAGGUCGCGAGCCACAAGCAUGUGCGGUCCGCCGCGGGUCUAUUCGACGUCGGACAUAUGGUCCAGCACAUGUUCCGCGGCCCGCGCGCCGGCGCCUUCCUCUCGCACCUAACGCCCUCCUCGCUCUCCUCCCUCCCCGCAUUCAGCAGCACCCUCUCCGUCCUCACCCUCCCCUCCGGCGGCAUCCUCGACGACACCAUCAUCACAAAACACGCGGACGACGCGUGGUACGUCGUCACGAACGCCGCGCGCGCGAAGGAGGACUGCGCGUGGUUUGCUCAACAGCUUGAGGAGGGCGGGUGGGCGGAUGGCGUAAAGUGGGAGGUGUUGGAGGGGCAGGGGCUUGUCGCGCUUCAGGGCCCCGAAGCGGCGAACGUGCUCCAGAAGCACACAUCCUUCGACCUCAAAACCCUCACAUUCGGCCGCUCGGCCUACAUCCCCGUCGACGGCGUAGAGGUACACGUCGCGCGCGGUGGUUACACCGGCGAAGACGGCUUCGAAAUCUCCAUACCCGCGGAACACACCGUGAAGAUCACGUCUGCGCUUCUCGAGGGCCCCGUUCAGCUCGCAGGCCUCGGCGCGCGCGACUCGCUGAGGAUCGAGGCGGGGAUGUGUCUGUACGGGUCGGACAUCGACGAGACUACUACCCCGGUCGAAGGCGGAUUAUCAUGGGUCAUCGGCAAAGACCGCCGCGCGGCGGGCGACUUCAUUGGUGCGGAGCCCAUCCUCAAACAGCUCAAAGACGGCCCGCCACGGAGGCGCGUAGGCUUCGUCGUCUCGGGCGCACCUGCACGCCACGGCGCCAAAAUCUUCAACGCCGAAGGCUCAGAAGAGAUCGGCGUCGUAACGUCCGGCAUCCCCUCGCCCACGCUCGGGCAGAACAUCGCGAUGGGGUAUGUGAAGUCUGGACAUCAUAAGCGCGGCACGGCUGUCAAGGUCGACGUCCGCGGGAAGUUGAGGGAGGCGAGUGUGGCGAAGAUGCCGUUUGUUGAGAGUCGGUAUUGGAGGGGUUGA